AUGAAAAUCGAAUCACUUGGACCUAAGGUGUACUUAGACGUCAGUAUUGAUUCCAAACUAGUUGGACGUAUUGUACUAGAGCUAUAUGAUCAACAAGCUCCAAAAUCAACUAACCGAUUUCUCGAGCUAUGUCGUGGCGAAAAAAUUACAGACCAAACAUUUCAUUCCUACAAAGGUAUUCACUUUGACAAGGUGAUCAAAAACUUCGUCAUACAAGCACAAGAGAUAAGCAAUGACACACUGAAAAGCAACAAUGGCCGAUCUGGGCCCCUUCAAGAGGAAAAUUUAUGUGAAAGCUGUCCCACAUUUAGCCUUUGUUGGGUUAAUAAUGACGUGAAAGAUACUGGUGAUCAAUUCUUCAUUACUACGUUUCCCCAACCUCAUUUGGCAAACAAACACACGGUAUUUGGUCAUGUAGUACAUGGGAAAUCUGUGGUUAGAGAAAUUGAGAGAGUGAGCACAACUUCACAAUAUGAACCGACCGUUCCCGUCGUUAUUGAAUCUUGUGGCGAAUGGGAUGAAUCUAUGGAUAUACCAAUCUUCAAUGCUAGUUACGAUCAAGUUGGUGGUGACGUUUACGAAGAAUAUCCCGACGAUGACCAAACAAUUGAAGAAGACUCUUCGGAAUCUGCCUACACGGCUAUAGAACGAAUUAAAGAAAGUGGAACAAUUUUGUUCAAAAGGGGAGAUAAAGAGCAAGCCUAUUUGAAAUGGAGAAAGUGUUUACGUUAUAUUGUUGAGUUUGAUCCAGAUCAAGAACAGAGUCCCGAGUAUUUUAGAAAGUUCAAAGAAGUAAAGAAAAAGGUUUAUUUGAAUUUGAGUUUAGUGGCCUCACAAUUGAAGCAAUUUGCUGACUCAAUCAAGUAUUGCACCUUUCUUUUGGAAUCGGAUGAUGUUUCAGAACAGGAAAAGGCAAAGGCGUGUUUCAGGAGGGGUCUGGCUUACUUUGAAAUGAAUAAGUUGGAGUCAUCACUCGCUGAUUUGAAGGUAGCACAUAAUAUUCUACCUGAUGAUGGACUCAUACUGAAGAAGAUGCAUGAUGUAGAAACUGCAUUGGAUGUCAAGAAACAGAAAGAAAAGUCAAAGUAUGCAAAAUUUUUUGGUUAA